UACAAAUAAAUUAUAUUACAAGGCUUACUCUUGGCAAUUUUCCAGCUGCCAUUAAUGUCAGUUUUAUUGUUCAUACUGAAAGUAGUAAAGAGUGUGUGGCUGUGUCAUGCUGAGAAGAAGUUUCCGCCUGCAGGACAGAGGGUAUUAUACAGAGGAGGGAACUCCAUCUGUUUGCUACAGGGAGGUUGUGCACAGGAUCUUUCGGAAGAGGACCAGUCGUGGCCGUGUUCACCAUAAUGUGAACUCUAUAGAGCAUUACACUAGUGUCCGGACCACUGGAACACUGCCCACUCUUACAUCAGCUACUGGGACGCAGGCCAUUAGGAGAAACAUGGGUAGUCAGUGUCUCUCACCUGUAACCACAUCAGUUAAUAAGAGAGUGCCUCUGUUAUCAAGCUGUGAACAUUCAGUUUGUUUUUGUCUGCAGUCAGAACAACGUCCAGCUUUUAUGCCUGCGGUUUCCUCGGCCUGCUCCUUCUGGCUUUUGGAAUCAUACACAACACACACAUGCACAUGGAAAUGAGAGAGGUCCAGCAGAAGGUGCAGUCUCUCAGAAGGCAAAUGAACAUGUUUGUUCCUCUGGCAAACACAAUGCCAAACUUUGCCUUAGAAUCACAAGGUGCCAGAGUUUUACAUCAAUUAUCUUCGGACACAUAUUGGCCCCAAGAAGACAUCGGGAUUGUUUGGGAUCGAAUAUUCUGCUGGUGGUAUUCAUCCAAAGUGCAGAGACAAGUGAUCCAGGGACAUUCAUUACUACGUCCAGGAGAAUGCUGGCCCUUUUCAGGCGACCGAGGGCAUCUAUUCAUCUCCCUGUCCCACCCAGUCUCCAUCACUCACGUGACACUCAGCCACAUAACAAAAAGCCAGUCCCCCUAUGGCCACAUCGCAAGUGCACCGAGAGAAUUUUCUAUCUAUGGAAUGAGGACCACAGAUGAGGAAGGCACCUAUUUGGGAACACUAGUUUAUGAUCAAGACGGUGCAGCAGAUCAGACCUUUGAACUGCCUAAUCCAGACAAAGGAGUCUUCAGGUAUGUGAAGCUACAGAUUGAGAACAACUGGGGAAACAUAGACAACACCUGCCUCUACAGCUUCAAGGUUCACGGUAAACUCCCGUCUAAAAGCACUGUUACUUAACUUGGAGAGAAGUCUACAGAAGGGAGGCGGGGAGGACCUCAUGUCAUGUUUCCAUUGUCCUCUUCUUCAUGUUA